AUGGCACCCAUCAGCCAGCGCAGGCAUCUCGGCCGCGACAAAUUCGGAGCGCAGUUCAGCCUCCUCAAGACUCAACAGUACACCGACCCCUCGACUCGAACCGUGACGCCGACCAUCCACCGCACCAUAUCAUGGAACGCUUCCGGCGGAUUGAUCGCCACGGGCGCCAACGACAAGACGGUUCGCGUAUGGAAUCCAGAGAGGACAAGUCCGCGUAGUCAGACUGAAUUGAAGGGACACGGCCAUGCGAUAGAAAAAGUCCUGUUCAACCCUGCUCGCGAAUUCGAGUUGGCGAGCUGCUCCUCAGACGGCACGGUGCGGUUCUGGGAUACCCGGAGCAAGACCUGCGUGACCAAGCUCGAUGUUGGCGGCGAGCCGUUCACUCUGAGCUGGAGCACGGAUGGAAGCACGUUAUUAGCGGGAACAAAGGGCGACGUCCUCAUCCCCAUCUCCACCGCAAUACCAUCGUCCCCAGUCAUUCUUUCGCGACACAAGCAGACUCUACAGACAAACCAGACGACCUUCUCCAACGCUUACCCUCCUACGGACCUACUGAUCACGCAAGGCGACGGCUCGCUCAAGAUUCUCGAUUUCCCAUCCUUUCAACCUCUGCACACCAUUUCCGCCCACACGUCCUCCUGCACUGCCAUUGCGUACUGUCCGAACGGGAAGUACGUUGCCGUUGGUGGCUCCGACGCCAUGAUAUCUCUCUGGGACACGACCGACUGGGUCUGUCGAAGGACGGUCUCCAACCCCAGUUCAGGGGCUAUCAGAGGGCUAAGCUGGUCCUGGGACGGGCGCUACUUGGUCGGUGCCAGUGAGGAAAUGGGCACCGGCGGUGGCGAGGGGCUCAGUUCAGGAUUCGACAUCUAUCACGCCGAGACGGGCGAUGUGGUCCAUACGAUUCCGACGGGCACAAGUGGCAUCCCCGCCGUCGAGUGGCAUCCCAGCCGCUAUUCGUUGGCCUAUACCCAGAUCGAAGAGACGCGACAGGGGAAGUCGAGCUUGAAAAUCGUCGGCGCCGCAGGAGGCCCAUCGAUAUGA